UGGGAAUGGCAGUGAUGUUGGAUGUAAUAAUCAACUAUGUCCGUUCAUUGCAAAAUCAAAUUGAUUUUCUUUCAAUGAAACUAUCAGCAGCAAGUUUGUUUUAUGACUUCAACUCAUCAGAGAUGGAUGAUAUGGACUCAAUGCAGGGAACAAACGGGUAUGCAGCUCAAGGAAUGGGGAAGAUUGUUGGUGAAGGGUAUGGAGUAUUUCCUCCUCAGUUUCAAACAUCUUGGCCUCUUUGACCUACUAAUGUACAUCAUGCUUUAAAAUCUGCCUAAGAAAAUUAAUAUACGCACUUGACACCAUCCCAAUAAUAUGUAGCAGAUAAUUAAUUAAGUGUAUUUUGAACUUCCUUAUUGGUAAACCCUUAAUUUGUUUUCAUUUCAACAAUCUUUUGUUCUUUUUCACUUUUUGUAUUCUAAGUAAUUAUUCCAAAAAAUGGUGGUGUUAUGAAGAAA